AUGCUGCUGGACAGCAGCAACCAGAACGAUACAACCCUUCCGGCCACUUCCGGCGUAGCGUUAGGUGCUCUGGAGUUCAUAGUAAAGAUAGGACUGGGCACGCCCAAAGAGGACUUCCUGGUAAUGUUCGACACGGGAAGUGACGUGACAUGGGUGCAGUGCGAGCCCUGCCCAAGCUCCUGCCACCCUCAAGAAGGACCAAGGUUCAAUCCCUCUGCCUCCGCCACAUUCCAGUACUUCCCCUGCAAUUCAAGCCAAUGCCGGGAGCUUAGGAACGAAGGAAAUCAAACAGCAUGCGACGGAUCAAUUAGGUGUGCGUAUGAGGUAAGGUACGGGGAUGGCACGGUACACUCAAGCGGUCAUCUCGGACGGGACACCUUGACGCUGACGAGCAGCGACGUGUUUGGCAACUUCCCCUUUGGCUGUGGCCUGGAGCAGGUAGGCAAUUUCGGAAGAGAAGCAGGGCUGCUGGGACUGGGACGGAACAAGCUGUCCCUCGUGUCCAUGACGGCCAAGUACUACGACAGCGUCUUCUCCUACUGCCUUCCAUCCUCCAGCUCAACCGGGUUCUUGACAUUCGGACCUGAUCCAGGGUCCGAAUCCGCUUCAUUUACAAGGCUGCUCACUGUUCCCCAAGUACCAACCUUCUACCUUGUGUCGUUGAUAGGCAUCAGCGUGGAAGGGAAGCCCCUGAACAUGUCUUCUUCCGGAGGCAUGAUCCUGGACUCAGGCACCUCCUUCACCCUUCUGCCGGAUCCAGUGUACGCUGCACUGAAGUCGGCGUUUGGUUCCCACAUGUCCGCGUACAGUUCUGUUCCGGGAACCCACGGCCUGGACACCUGUUAUGACUUUUCAGGGCACACGGAUAUCUUGAUCCCCAGGGUCACGUUUCACUUCGACGGAGGAACGGAUUUGGAUCUCCAAGCCGACGCUAUCAUGAUCGGUGCCAGCAUGAGCGAGGUUUGCUUGGCCUUUGUUCCGCACGAGCAGCUGGGGAUCUUAGGGGGUUGGCAGCAGAAGAGGACGCAGAUCAUUUACGACCUAGCUGGGUCUAGAAUAGGAUUGGUACCCGGAGCAUGCAGUUAA